AUGGCUGAACAGUUGCUGCUUCAUGGAACUCUUGAAGUGAAGAUAUAUAGGAUCGAUAAGUUGCAUCAACGUGCAAGAUUCAAUUUAUGCGGCAAGGAGCCGACGGGGAAGAAGGAACCGACGGGGAAGAAGAUUCAAUCCCAACUCAAGAGACUAACGUCCUCAUGCACCGAUUUGUUAGGAGGACAUCUUUACGCAACCAUUGACCUAGACAGGUCUAGGGUGGCUCGAACCAUGAUGAGACGUCAUCCUAAGUGGCUCCAAUCCUUUCUUGUCUACACCGCACAUUCCAUCUCCAAGAUCGUUUUCACAAUCAAAGAAAAUGAACCGGUCGGUGCUAAUUUAAUCGGUCGAGCUUAUUUACCUGUCACCGAAGUCAUCUCCGGACAACCAAUAGACCGAUGGCUUGAUGUCUUAGACGAGAACAGGAAUCCGAUCCAAGGAGGUUCGAAAAUCCAUGUCCGAGUGAAGUUCAAUCACGUGACGCAUGACGUGAAUUGGAACAAAGGAAUCAUAUUACCUUCUUUCAAUGGAGUUCCUAACGCAUUUUUCAACCAAAGAGAAGGUUGCAAUGUUACACUUUACCAAGAUGCUCAUGUCCUUGAUGAAUUUGAGGAUAUUACUUUAGCGGGAGGACAAGUGAUUUACAAGCAUCAUCGUUGUUGGGAAGAUAUUUUCGAUGCGAUAUGGAACGCAAAGCAUUUAAUAUACAUUACGGGUUGGUCAGUCACUACCAACAUAACAUUGAUCAGGGAUCCUAAACGGUCGAGACCCGGAGGAGACCUAAAGCUAGGAGACUUGUUGAAGAGGAAAGCGGAAGAAAACGUGACCGUGCUGAUGCUUGUGUGGGACGAUCGAACGUCUAACGAAGCGUUUAAGAGAGACGGUUUGAUGAUGACUCAUGAUCAAGACACUUACGAUUACUUUAAGAACACGAAAGUGCGUUGCGUUCUUUGUCCGAGGAAUCCGGAUAACGGUGGGAGCAUUGUUCAAGGGUUUGAGAUCGCUGCAAUGUUUUCUCACCAUCAGAAAACCGUUGUUGUGGACGGUGAAGUAGACGGGUCGAAAACCAAGAGAAGGAUCGUGAGUUUUCUUGGAGGGAUUGAUCUUUGUGAUGGGAGGUACGACACCGAGGAGCAUCCUUUGUUUGGUACUUUGAACAAUGUUCAUUCUAACGACUUUCACCAGCCGAAUUUCGAUGGUUCAUCGAUAAAAAAGGGUGGUCCACGUGAGCCGUGGCAUGAUAUUCACUGCAAGCUCGAUGGUCCUGCGGCUUGGGAUGUUUUGUACAAUUUUGAGCAGAGAUGGAUGAAACAAGGUAAUGGUAGAAGGUACCUUAUAUCGAUGGCACGACUCGCAGAGAUCACGGUUCCACCACUACCAAUUGUACAAUCGGACAACACAGAAGGUUGGACGGUUCAAGUGUUCCGGUCAAUAGAUGAUGGUGCAGUUGAAGGGUUCCCAGAGGAUCCACGUGAAGCUUCGAGCAUAGGACUUAUAACCGGCAAAGAUAACGUGAUCGAAAGAAGCAUACAAGACGCUUACAUUAAUGCCAUAAGGAGAGCCAAGCACUUCAUCUACAUUGAGAACCAAUAUUUUCUUGGAAGCUCCUUUGGAUGGAGCUCUAGAGACAUUAAUUUGAAUGAGAUCAAUGCUUUACACCUAAUUCCCAAAGAGAUUUCUCUCAAGAUCGUGAGCAAAAUCGAGGCAGGCGAUCGGUUUUCGGUGUAUAUUGUGAUUCCAUUGUGGCCUGAAGGAAAACCUGGUUCUGCAUCGGUCCAAGCAAUACUAGAUUGGCAAAGGAGAACAAUGGAGAUGAUGUAUACAGAUAUCAUCAUUGCUCUUCAGAAGAAAGGGUUAGAUGCAAACCCUAGAGACUACCUAACCUUUUUCUGCCUCGGGAAUCGGGAAGUUAAGAAGACCGGUGAGUACUUGCCUCCGGAGAAACCAAUGGCUAAUUCUGAUUAUGCAAGAGCUCAAGAAUCUCGUCGGUUCAUGAUCUAUGUCCACUCUAAAAUGAUGAUUGUUGAUGAUGAGUACAUAAUAAUAGGAUCAGCCAAUAUUAACCAAAGGUCUAUGGAUGGAGGUCGAGACUCGGAGAUCGCGAUGGGAGCAUACCAACCUAACCACUUGCUAUCUACCAACCAAAUGAGACCGAUCGGUCAUGUUUUCAGAUUUAGAAUAUCACUAUGGCUUGAACAUCUACGAAUUACAACCAACACGUUCCAAUGCCCCGAAAGCGAAGAGUGUAUAAGAAUGGUAAAUGCAAAGGCAGAUGAGCUCUGGGGACUGUACUCGGCACAAGUGUACCCUCGAGAUCACGAUCUACCGGGACAUUUACUUAGUUAUCCGAUUAGCAUUAGUAGCAAUGGGGAGGUAACAAAUCUUGCUGGGACUGAGUUCUUUCCGGAUACUAAAGCAAAGGUUCUAGGCGAAAAAUCUAAUUAUCUCCCUCCAAUCCUCACCACCUAG